AUGCUAAAUAAAGCACUUUCUUAUCUUGCAGGGAACUUAGAAAAAGAUAAAAUUCUUAUUCUGACGCCAACUGGUGUUGCUACUAUCAAUGUAGAGGGAAAUACAAUACAUUCAGCUUUAGGUAUACCUGUUGAUAGAAGUUUUACUAAAAACAUUUCGAAGUUGAAGAGAUGCAUGUUGCGAAAUAAGCUUUCAGAGUUAAACAUUAUCGUAAUAGACGAAAUCUCAAUGGUUUCAAACAAGCUGCUGUUGCACAUCCACCAACGGCUAACUGAAAUAUUUGGAUGCUCAGAUGACAUUCCAUUUGCAGGAAUAUCUGUUAUAGCAUGUGGGGAUUUAUACCAACUUCCACCAAUUCAAGCAAGACCAAUUUAUACAGACUAUAAAGAUGUAUUGUUAAAUCUUUCGCAUUGCUGGAAAUAUUUUAAGAUUGCUGAACUAACAGAAGUUAUGAGGCAGCGUGGUGAUCAACGUUUGAUUGAAUUAUUAAACAAUAUCAGAGUGGGAAACUUAGAAACGCAACACGAAGAUUUACUAAAAUCUAAAUUUAUUUUUCAAAAUGACCCAAACUACCCCGAAGAUGCAAUUUAUAUUUUUGCUGAAAGCCUCUGA